CACCGUGCUGCCUAAUUGGGGGAAGAAAAUAAUAAUUGGAAAUUCAUUACAAAUAACAUGUAUUACAAAUAUUCACAGCUUUUCGUCAGUACUUUGUUGAUGCACUUUUGGCAGCAAUUACAGCCUAAAGUCCUCAAUGCCACACCUAUCUUUGGGCAGUUUCGUCCAUUCCUCUUUGCAGCACCUCUCAAGCUCCAUCCGAUUGGAUGGUAAGCGUUUGUUUUAAUCCACGAUGUCUCUGUACACCAUGCAUGGGACUGCGCACAUUCUACCCUGCAGCAUCCUCACAGCCACACCCGAUGUCGUCCUGCAAAUCCAAAAACCUGGAAGGACGAUGCAAGCUACAUCUGGGUAGUUUAGUCUGAUAUCAAAGACAUCAGGACAAGCACACUCCCGCUCCUUCUCUCAGUUUCUGGUUGUCUGUUCUUGUAGCUUUUCCCCGGCUCGUUAUGUUUCUCCCAGCGCUACAAGCACGACGUGUCUUACUGCCUACGUUGCCGGGAAGAAAGUGAAGUAAACAGUCGAAGCUGGGAAGAGAGAGAGGGGGCUGCAGCUACCGCGCAUUGAAUGGCCGUGACUCAAAAACAUGGUAAGAACUAUGGUCCAGAUCUGGUCUGUCACAAGGAGCACCAUCCACCCGACAAAAUCGGCGUUCCUGGAUGUCACAAGAAGUGGGAUGAAUACGACAAUCACUGGCCGCGGCCCUUGGCAAGGAUAUGGACAGUGGUGCUCCUACUUGGGACCUGCCUCCUCUACUGUGCCCGGGUGGCGAUGCCCAUCUGUGCAGUCAGUAUGGCAGACAAGUUCAACUGGAGCAAGAGAGAGUCCGGUAUGGUUCUGGGCAGCUUCUUUUGGGGGUACUGCUUCACCCAAGUGUUGGGAGGCUAUGUCAGUGACCGGGUUGGAGGAGAGAAAGUCCUCCUGCUCUCUGCAGCUGCCUGGGGCUCGAUGACAGCCUUUACCCCCUUCUUGGCUCAUUUCUGCUCCCAGCCGAUGUUCUCCAUGACACUGGCCCGCUUCCUCAUGGGCCUCUUACAAGGUGUUCAUUAUCCUUCUUUGGCAAGCCUAUGCUCACAAAAGGUGGUGGAGAGUGAGCGAGGCUUCCUCAUGAGCACUGUGGGCAGCGGCUCAUACCUUGGCACUCUUGUGAUUGGAGGGGCUGGUUCCCUCAUGCUGGACCUAUAUGGAUGGGAGAGCGUGUUCUAUGUGUCAGGUCUGCUGGCAGUAAUUUGGGCAUACUGCAUGUGGAAAUACUUACUCAAAGGAGAAGGGCCCAUUAUAUCUCUGGAAUCCCUGGGAAACGGUGGUCCGCAGGCCAGACUAGCCAAAAGACAUUGGUUACGGCUCUUCAGACAACCUGCAGUCUGUGCCGUGAUCAUUACGCACCUUUGCACAGCAAGCACCUUCUUCACUCUGUUGUCAUGGCUGCCAACCUUCUUUAUAGACACUUUCCCUGAUGCUAAGGGUUGGGUGUUCAAUGUCAUUCCUUGGUUGGUGGCCAUUCCCUCAUCCCUUUUCAGUGGUUGCCUGUCGGACCAUCUAAUUAGUCAAGGAUUUGACACAGCUUCCGUGAGGAAGUUAAUGCAGUUUUUUUCCAUGGGUGUUUCCAGUGUGUUCACCAUCCUUCUCUGUGGCAACAUCACAUUCUCUUGGGCCAUAGCCUAUGUGUCAGCCACUAUGGGCCUCACCACCUUUAGUCACAGUGGUGUGUCUGUAAACGUUCAAGACCUUGCUCCAUCUUGUGCAGGAGCCUUGUUCGGUGUUAUGAACACAUGCGGAGCAUUCUCAGGGGUCCUCAUGGUAUAUUUCUCGGGGUAUCUCAUAGAGUCCACAGGCUCAUGGGCCUCCAUGUUUGGUCUCAUCACCGCCGUCAAUCUGCUAGGCCUGUGCACUUUCCUGGCUUUUGGUCAGGCCCGCCGUGUCGACAUUGACCCUAGCAAGAUUCGCCACCACCAUACCCGCAUCUGAAUACUCUGUCCUUAAAGAGAGUGGAGGAGUUUCAUCCUGAUCACGGGAGGUGUGUCUCUCUCUGUAUCUCUCUAGCUCAUAGACAAACACACAUGUGUAAAAGGUGUGUUAAGCACACAGCUGAGUCUGCUUAUUAAUCAGAUCAUCACUUGACUCCAAAAAAUGUUUGCCAUGUCUGGUGAAGGAUAUCAGGAAAAAAUAGCACACCAUGCUUAAAUAUCAACUAGCUACACCUUGUAGUUUGUCUCUGUUAGGAAGUUUUCAUCUGCCUUUUCUCAUUUAUUUGCUUGUUUAACAUAAACAAACAUUACUUUUCACAGAAAUUUGGGGGAGGGUGGGGCAUUAGCCCGUGAAGAUAUCAUGAAUUCAGAAAUUGGAGGCAGAAUUGUACCCAAAGUACAAAGUCAUCUCAUGACUGAGUGCUUUUCCAGUUACAAAAAGCAUUAAGCGUUAGUUUCUUUGUGUUUUUUUGUUUUUGGGGUAGUGAUGAUGUGCUAUUGUCCCAAUCGCCAUGGUUACACAUGCCUGUUACAGAGAGGUGCAAGAUGAAUGAGUUUGUUUGACCUGUUUGUCGUCUCAGCAAAUGUUUAAGCAGAAAGACCAAAGUUACUGAAAAUGUUUAGUUUCUUAGCUUUUUUAUGUCGUUGCACGCUGUAUUUGCAAUCAUUUUGAGUACUUAUAUAUUUAUACGGCUUAAAAUUGUUUUUGCAGUCUCAAAAUAUUUUUAGAGAGUGUAGAAGUUGGCAAACAUAUUGCAGUAUGAAUGAAACUAUAAACCUCUGUAGUCCUUAUUAGAGUCUCGGUGGAAACACCUAUUGCACUUAUUGUAGAACUGUCAAACAACAGGAAGUCAAGUCAGUGUUUGGGGUAUUUGUGAUAUAUUUAUCUCCGCACUAAUUUAUCAUGAUCUCCUCUGAUGUACAGUGCCCAUGUCAUACACUGACAUGAUGAAUGUUGCAGGCCUUACAUUUUACAAAGAUCUGUGUUGUUCUAUUGUUGCACAUUCGGAACAAAAAUCAAAUCUAAGACUUAAAAUGAAUGCUUGUAGCUUUUAAUUUCUGUUAGAUGUCAUAUAUAACUUGACUUUAGUUGACUAUGCAUCUAGAUUUUUGUGCCUGUUUGGAAGUCACAUGGGGUUUAAUUGUGUCAUUUUGUCUUUUCUUUAUCUUAACCAAACAGCACAUUGUGUUUUGGGUUCUGUAAUGGCUGUUUCUAAAAUCCACCUUAUUAGUUGUUGCAAAAAUGGGAGUUCAGUGUUGUUUGCAUACUUUCUAUGUAUGUAACAACCAGUAGAAUACACAAUAUGGCUAUUUAUAAUAAUACACUUUGACAUAAACAGGGUGUCUGAAAAAUCGGAUAUCAAUUACAAUAUCAAGUAAUUACAUGUCCUGAGGGAAAUUGUAAAAAAGGCUUCAUUUUUGGAAAAAUACAAUAUGUAUUACAAAUUCAACAGCACUUUCAAACAAACAUUUCAAAACUAUACUCAACUUAAAAUGAAUUUUCAUGCCACAAUAUGUGUUACUUUAUCAGCUCAACAAAUACCUGAUAUUCCUUAUUUUUAUUGUUUACCACAUUGUUUGUCCAUGUUGGUCCAUCGUCUUUCAGUUACUAUCCUGCCCAAUGUUGUUUGUACAAUAAGUUGCUCUUGGUGGGUUCCCCUGAGAUUUUUGAUUAAAACAUAAAUCUGUAAUUAAGAAAUGCAAUACUGGAGGAAAAUUCAGUGUUGUAAUUUAAUUAUGCUGUAAUUUUGAAUAAAAAUUUAUUUUG